UCCAGACCCCAUUUAGGACUGAAGGACAAUUCUUCAGCUGCUGGGAGUGUUCUCAGCUGUCAGUCUUGUCUGGAAAAUUACUGAAGAGAAGUAUCAAUAUUUCACUAAAAGACACACCACCCUUCCUGAAGACAGCCUGCAUCCAAUGACUUGUCAACACAGAUGUCAUUGAAGUAGAUAACCUGAUCCAACUGUAAGACUCAGGGGAGGAAGGGAAGCUUUCUACCUGAACAUCCCUGAUAUAAACAGGAAAUGAAGACAUCACUCACUGUGCUUGAAACUGGGAAAUUGUUCUGGGGCUUCUUCCUAAUUCCUCAUGUAGGCAUUUGGAGUAUCAAUGGUAAGACAUCAUGUGAUAUUCAACUUUAUAUUAAUAAAUAUUCCAUGUAUGUUGUAUCAUCAGGGGACCCAUUUGAACUGGAAUGCCCGAUGAAAUAUUGUGCUAAUAGACCUACUAUGACCUGGUGCAAGCUUGAAGGAAACAAUUAUUCACACCUUGGGGAUAGACUUCAGGGGUCUAUGGGUUGGGAAGAAAGGAAGCUUAUUUCAGUUUUUAUUUUGCAUUUUAAUUAAGUGCUUGCUAGUGACAGUGGGUCAUACCAUUGUUUUGUGAACUUUUCAUCUGGAUUCAUUGAAAGCCACUCAGUUACCAUUAAUGUGACAGUUAAUCAAUCCCUGAUUAGGAGCUUCACAAAGGCAGAUGGCGAUGAUUUUAGCAGGGCAGUGAGGGUGUUAGAGUGGGCAGAAGAUACAAAGAGUGCCUCAAGACCACUCGCCAAGGAAGAGAUGGUAGACCGACAAUGGAUCCUUUAUAGUUUGCUUCCUUUGGGGGCUUUACCUUUACUUAUUACCUGUUUCUACCUAUUCUGCUGCCUUAGAAGGCACCUAGGGAGACAAAAGAAACUUUCUAAUUCAACAGGAAGGGAUACUAACCUGGUUGAUGUUCCCCAGUUCUUUAGGAGUGAGCAAACUGAAGGAAACAUCAUGGAAAGUUCCCAAACAUUGCAUUCAGAAACUGGAAUUUAUGAUAAUGACCCCUGGUUCAGGGUCUGGAGAGAGUCUGGGGUUUAUUUUAACUCAAGUCUGAAGGAAAACAAACAGGGCAUUGUUUAUACUUCCCUGAACCAUUCGGUCAUUGGAAUGAACCCAAGACAGGCAAGAAAUGUGCAAGAAGCACCUAGGGAAUAUGCAACCAUAUGUGUGAGGUGUUAAAUCUGGUCCUGAUCUCCCACCAGUGAUCAGCAACUGAUUUGUUAGUCAGCACCACCACUGAAGACCAACAGAAAGUCAAACAAUGGUCCUUGGCUUGAGAAAUUAUAGUUUCAGGAGGUUCACAUUGGUGCUUGGGCCUUAAGCAUCCAUAGGACAAAUGACUAAAAUUUCUCCCAGAAACUUCUUUGGGAGCUUUUUAUGUUAUA